CGUGGACCUUGCAGAAAAAAUGGCGGCAGAUUUGAAGGAUGGUAAAAGGGCAAUUUACUUGUUAGCGACAGUGUAAAAGUGCCUGUGUUGCGCCAUUACUUAACGAAAAGAUGAGUUCGGGCAGAGCCAGGGGUAAUUUUUGGCGAGGAAGAGGCCAGAGAUUUCGUGGACAGACGAGAGGAAGAAGUCAGCGGGGAAGAGGUAGGCUAAAUAAUUAACACUUAUUGGAUGAAAAUGUUUGUAACGGAGUAGUAGCAAGUCAGCAAGACAAGGUCGCUUUGGAGCUUGACUUUGGAGCAACUUUUGGGACGUUGUAAAGAAAUGAGAAAUGACGGAAAGUUUUAAUAAUUUGUGAUAUUUUCCUUAAAUCAAGGUGACAAAGGGGAAUAUGAGGGAUUUACACCUAUCACAGGGGCAGAUCCAGGAUUUUUCUUAGGAGGGGGUGCACCACUAACUGACCGAUGACGUAAAAAAAUUUAAAAGCGAAUACGAAGAAGAGGGCUUUUGACUAGGAAAUAACAUAAUGUGAACUGCUGAGAAUACAUAUCAAACAAUAGAGCAGAUUUUGUAUGUCUGUCAAGCGACUGCACAGUGUUAAUUAGAAAGCGGCCGCAGGUCAUCCCAGGGGGGGGUGCGCACCCCCUGCACCCUCCCCCUGGAUCCACCCCUGUAUCAAUUCUUAGUUUGCAACCACGUGACAAGGAGGCCAUGUUGGGGGUCAAUACAAUAGAAAUUUUGCCCGAAGAAUUUACAUGAAUGCCAGAGGAGAGAAAUGCUUUUGUUCUUGAUCACCAACAUGGCCGCCGUGAGGUCACGUGCAAAGUAGCUAUGGUUUGCAACAGGAUGGGGUGGGGGAGGGGGGGGGGCAAUGGGGUAGUGGGCAACCCACAGGAAUUAAACUUACUGAAGUGCACAUGGGUAGGAAAUUGACAUACUGAAUGUCCCCAGGGUGGGAAAUUUGACUCAGCCGCCAUCUUGGAAGGUGGAGGACCAGGGAAUGAGUGAAGAGGUCCGCCAUCUUAGAAAAAACCCAGUAAUCAUUUGAAUGAGUUUCCCACAUUUUGAUGCGUUCAUCUUUUUGUGAAGGAUGGCAGAAUGAAAGUUAGAAGUAUCUUGUCGCUUUUUAAGUUUUUGAAGUUUUAUGACAAAAAGUAUUUUAUUCCUCGGCAUUGAGAAGCAAUACUUGCACAAAGUCUCAUUUGAAAAUAUGCUUUCUACUUACGGUGUAGCAUGAAAAUUUUGCGGGAGUUUUAUUUUGCAGAUUGGCGAUUUUUUGUGGUUUGCAGGAACAAAUUUUUGCGGUUUGAGAUGACUGAAAUUUCUGGUGGGAACUAAUUUUUGCGAUUCUCUGUUCAAGUAGCAGAAUAUUUAAGUGGAAGAAACCUUAAUAUAGUAUUUUCAACUUUUACUUUACGGUAUGUUGAGUCAAAGUUCACUCUACUUAUAUAUUUAAUGGAGAAUAAUACAGUAAUCACUGUAAUGUCUUACUGCACAAAGGGACUGAACAACAGCAAAACAAAACAAAAGCCAAUCCCUACCAUACACAACAAGUCCAUUAAAAGCAGAGUUUUUAAUUUGACUGAAGGGAGUUAAUUUUCGCGGCGUUUUAUUUUGCUGGUUUUUUUUCUGCAGGAACUAAUUUUUGCGGAUCGAGGUCAAUCCGCAAAAUUCGCAAAAAUUAGGACCCGCAAAAAUUAAUUUUCAUGCUACACAGUACUUGUUUUCACCAGAGGCUCCCCUGCCACAAAUUUUUGUUAUAAUGAAAAGAUCAAAAAUUCAUACUGGACCACAGUUACAAACAACAGCCCUUUUAUUGGUCAUAACUCUUCUCAAGUGAUGAUGACAUGUCAUGUUCUGGCAUUGCACAUUGCUGUAAAUACUGUCUGAAAAAAUUCAAAGAUACUUAAAUUGGGAGUAUAAAAUGUGUGUUAAAUUGCCAGCUACACUAAAUAUCCAGCUAAAAUAUGUCUUCUACACUUACGGAUUGCUCAAAGUUUGAUAUUGUGGGUACCAUUAUUUCGUCACCAAGAAAAAAUACACUCUGGAGAUGCUCAGUUGAGUGUUGUGAGUGUCUAUAUAGGUUCGCCCCAGGGGUGGGCAUUUGACUCAAAAUGGAGACCCAAGGGUGUGGAAAUUGACAUUUGAAAACCUGAAAAUGUCAUAUUUCGGGUGGGUUGCCCCCCCCCCCAUCCUGGGGCAAACCAUUGAUAGGUGCAUUAAGCUUAUUUUAUCAUGCAUCACCUUGACUGUUUUUUUAGGCCAUCACACAUCAUUGGGAAAAAUGUUAGCCAUCACGCAUGUAAAUGAGGUGCAAAUGCAGAAGUUAACAUGGCAAUAUCUCAACCCAUUGAAUGAAUCAGCUCUAAUAUAAUUUGUUUUCAGCGUAACGCGCCUCAGCAGUUAAUUGAUUGUACAAAAGGGUGUUCAGAAAUCUGGUGUUGAAAAAAAAAGAUAUUGACUAUAGAAACCAGUAUUCACUGAUCUGAGAAUAGAGAUCAUAAUACUAUUUUGACAGGAGAUCACCUCACAUGGCCAUUUUGGCCUGAUCAUGCACAUCAUGCUGAUAAUUUGGCACCCAUCACACGUCACGCAAAACCCCCUUUGCCACCCUGUUAAAUUAGUGGCCUUGUCUUGCAUGGUUUAGCUAGGGACGUAUAAAAACAGUAAAAUGAGUAUAUUGUCAAGGCUGUCACUAGGGAACAAUGAUGCCUUUGACAAAGACGCUUUUGUCUGGCUGCAAUAUGCAUGACCCCCCUGGCUACUUUUAUAGAAUACAAACGAAAAUGGAACGUAAAGAACUCCCUAGCUGUUCAAUUUCUCACUUACUACUGGAAUUAUAUCUGGCAACUUGAUAUCUUAGUGACAGACCUGAUUGUUCUCUUUGCCACAAUCCCAUCCAAUAACAACAACAAUAUUUAUUUGCAUAGAUGGUAUUUCAUAAAAGAAAAAAAAACAUAAAGGAUAAUAAUAGAAAAAUACAGCAUUUCAGGUGGUGUUGGGCGGGAAGUGGGGGGUGGGGGGUGGAGGAAGGCAAGGGUUGGAGCGAGAGAGAGGUGUUUGAUCCCAAGUUCCUUUUUGGCCUCUUUUUUUUUAUCAGAGUAUCAUUAAAUAAUAACCUUAGUCUUGCAUAUAAAUUUUUGUCGUAGAGUCGCAGUGACCUUACAAUAAAUGUGCUGUUGCUUUCUUGGGGGAAGCCAUUUCCUAUAAAAUUACCCUGGACAGGGUCCCAGUCUUUCAAUAUCCUGUUUCACUUUCCUAAAUACUGGUACCAAAUUUCCUCUUCCCAGGGAUUGCAAACAAAUGGUCGAGUGUACAGGGUGAUUGUUCAUGUAAUUUGAUCCACCCUUAUUGUGGCACCAGCACAAGUUGUGCAAAGAUUAUAUUACUCUAAAUUCCUCAUUUUUGGAUAAAUCGAUCAUUGUCUUAGCGAAGCAGAGAGAAAUUUACUGGCUUGGAAAAGUAUGGCCAAAGGAGAAUUAAAAUUACAAUGUAGCUAAGAUUUGUACUUUCUUGAAUGCUGUUCUUUAAACCUGCUUUCAGGUGAAGGGGCAAAUCCUCUUCCAAACCAAGGUAGCUCUAGGCCUCAACAACAGCAUCAAAGAACCAGGCAGGUGCAGACAAGCUUAACACCCUGCCCUUUUAAAAAAUGGGGUGUCUACUUCCCUGAUACUGGUAAGUUAGCUGUAUAGUUUAGUUUUGUUUGAAACUUUCAUCAUCUAAAAAUCACUAAGAUAUAAGAUUAAUACUUGCAUACAAAAUAAAUUUAGGUACAAGUCAUUUUAAUGUUAAAACAAUGUACCUCACCCUCCAUGAAUUUAAAAUUCAAAAGUAUGUUAUUAAAAAGUGAAACUCAUGAGAAAAAAAUAGCUCUCAUCUACAGCACAUGUUUACAGGUUUUGUUAUGUCUGUUGUACACUUGUGAUUUUAUCGGCUUGCUAAGACACAUUGGUAUGAAACGAAGAAAUAGAGUGUAAAUUCCUGCAUGGAAGGAAAACUUUUUGAUGCACAAGGUGAUGCUUUUUUAUCUGACUGAUUACAUGUAAGUUAUGCUUCACCUUCAUGUCAUAUAGCGUGCUGAUGUCUUAAGCGUUGAAGAGAAAAUGAAGCGUGACUUUUUGCAUCAAGAAAAAUAAUUUUUGCGAUACAACAGAUCACACUUCACCUUCAUAUUAUGUAGGACGCUGAUGACCACAAUUACCCUUUUUUUGCAAAAUUUCAUCGCUUUUCUUACUUACGGACCGACAGUAUCGACAUUAAGGACAAUUAUUGUAUGACAUGACUGCAUAGUGUUACAGUUUCUAUGGAAACUUCAAACACAAAAACUGUCCAUUUAAUUUGCUAGCUUACAUCUAGUUAAUUGUCAAAUGUGGCAUUCUUAAACAGUAGAGAAUUUAUGCAAUGUAAUUUGUUAGAAAUUAAUGGUCAUUAAAGGUUUUUUUUGCUGCUCAUAAACAUGCAUAAUUAUCCAAUUUACAGUUUAUAACCCAGAGUCUUCUCUUGGAACUAAAGCUAAGGCCAUUAUGAAGUUUGUGGAAAAACAUAGUGCUCAACUUAGCAAGGUACUGUAAAAUGUUAACUAAAUACACAUUAUAGCCAUGUUGACAUUAAUCGUGACGUCUAGCCUCUAGUCUUUUUGAAAAGCACAUCUUACGUUUGCAUGCUAACAAAUCACAAGACAGCCACUUUUGUCAGCAAGUCUAACUUGGGUUCUGGCAAAAAUUAUAGGUGAUUUAUGAACACCUAGAACUUAGCAUAAAAAUUUUUGACUUUAAUUAAGUAGUCAGACUGAUUUAGCCUGUUGUAGACAUGUCAUUGUUGUGGUGAUCAUAUUAUGUUCUUUGGUUCAAUUAUGAACACCUUUAAGCAGUUGUCUUUUUUCUUUGUCCUUGAUAUCUUGGGUCCAUGAUUAUUGAUAACUGUGACGAUACCUCCUUUGACUGGCAUGUACAUUCUUGUUAAUUGUAACUGUCUUUUGCAAAUUUCUAAAUGGAGUAAUAAAUUGUUCAUGGUGGGAUGCCUAAAAUGCAUUUGUCUGCAAUAAAUUUUUAUUCAUUGACAGUUAUUUUAUUCCGUUUUCAGGAUGAGAUUGAAAGCAGAGGUGCAGUGGUAUUUGACUAUACAGACCUCUUAUCUGAUACAGGUAAACUGCUUUUAUCCAUGCAUAUAUCUCGCAUAUACAGUGGUGGGAUGAUUGUAACUGUGGCCACUCUUAGACAAAUAUACCAGUUACAUGUAUAUUAAUACAGGAAAUUACAACUGAACAAUACAUUCUGAGGAAUUAUUUUUUUUUGCCUAUGAAAAAAAUAAAUACUGAUAGAAUACCGAUUGCAAAAAUUUGUUAGAAAGCAAAAUUUUAUUGUUAGACAAGUUUUUCAAUGAGUAAAGCAUGAAACCUCAAGUAAAAAAUUUAACCAAUAGGACCACUCUGGAAACAAACAUGUAGCUUUGGUUGAGCAGGUUCAAAAAGUCAUGUCUGUAGUUGUAGAAUAAAAAUGGUAGAUUUGGAUCCAUUUUGUUUGAUUUGUUUUUAUAAUGAUGAUUAUAUUAUUGGCAAUCAACUUUCUUGUGUUUGUUUGUUAGCUUUCUGUGAUUCAAGUAGUCAGUUUCAUCUAGAACUCUAUUUAAUGGCCCCAGUCAUAGAGGUCGCCCUGUAAGUGUGAAAAAAGGAAGUUAAAAACACAGAAAUUUGGUGGGUGAUACAUGCAUUAAUAUACUGGGGUUACCAGACAGUAUCAUUUGGAGGAGACAUGAUUGUUAUUUAAAUUCUUGAAAGACAUUGCUCAAACAACAGCAGCCACAAGCCUUUCAAAAUCUUUGUACAGUGAAACCUGUAUUAAGCGGACACCGUAUUAAGCGGACACCCUCUUUUAAGUGGACAGUAGCCAAAGUCCCCAAAUUUAUUUCCCUUAUUUACUUUAAAUGAAACCUUUAUUAAGCGGACACCUCUAUUAAAUGGACGCGGACACCUAAAAAGUACCUGAAAUGGUCAUUUCUAUUGUUGCCAACCUGUAUUAAACGGACACUUGUAAUUAAAUUCCACCACCCAAAACGCCAGACACCGGAAAUGCGAAAGAUUGCCUUGAAUUGCAACCCACAAAUUUUUCGAUUUUUACAUCAAAAAACGUGACUUGAUGAACUUAUUUGAUUAGUUUCACAGUACAGGAUUGUUUUCUAUUUCGUUUUGUUUGUAUAGAGCUUGUUUCACUCAUCUGAUUUCUUCAAAUUGGAGUUGCAAUCCAUGUUUAUGGUACUAUGAUCAAUUGGUUCACUUUGAUAAAGAAAUUAAUGCAAAUGUCUAUCGUCAUAGUCUCUGGGAGUAUUAUAAAUGCUUCCAUUGUUCAUUUGAAUGGCAUUUGACACCUCAUAUGACGUUAUAUAUCAAAACCUGUAUUAGGCAGACACCCUGUAUUAAGGGGACACUACAGCAUUCCCCGAGGGUGUCCGCUUAAUACAGGUUUCACUGUACUAUUUUCUUGAUAGACCUCAUGGAGGACUUUCCAUCCCUGGCAGUGGACCUCAGAGAUGAGCCUACAACAGUGCUGCAGACUCUUGGUCUGGCUGUCUCUCAGGUACUGUAGAAACAUGUUUUUUAUUAUUUUUAUUUACACAUUCUACAAGUUAUCUCGGUCUACGUAAAAGUUGGGUCGAGGGGUUAGUGAUCAGCUCAUGCAUGUAUAUAUAAAGUACUUUAAUUUGUACAAUGCAGUCUGAAAUCCUGAGCCUUUCACAUGUAUGAUAAAUUGAAACAUUAUUUUCUGCUUUCCCGUUUAAUACACGUACUUUGUUCAUGCAUUUUUAGUGGCCUGUAGUUUAUUGUUUCCUUGUUGAUGAAAAUAUUCAUUAUAUUAAUAUCAGUGGCAUGUAUGUCUGUAAAAAAUAAAAAAAUGUACAAAUAGAGAAAUAAUGAUAAUAAAAAUAAUAAUGAUGAUGAUGAUGAUGAUGAUGAUGAUGAUGAUCACAAUAUUUUAUUAUAUGUAGGACUCAAAUUAUCUUUAAAAGCAUUGUUAUUGUACCUACAACUGUAUUUAGUGCAGUGUGAAAGAGGCCACAUACAUGUUGUGCUAAAUGUGAUUCUAUGUACAUUGAUUAAUAAUAUGAUCUUAACAAUGAUUAUGCCACCCUUGUGAUGGUAGAUCCUGCUCACUGCGGAGACAGGAGAAAGUCAGCAAGUUGCAUGUCUGGUUGACUUGCCAUACAUACAAGCCAGGUAUUUGUACAGGUCUACAUGUACAUGUUAGUCUUUUGUACGAUGGUGUCUGCAUUUUACUAUUAGUUAACUACCAGAAUGUACUUCUUUGUCCUUUCGUAUUUAAACUUGGUUAUCCCAAGGUUUGAAUAACAAAAGCUACAAUUUGUACAAGAAGCAAAAAAAGAACUCUGACUGGUAGGUCAAGUAAAAUGAUGUAAUCAUGCGAUUGGCCUAUCAAUAUUUUUAUUGCAUAUAUUUUAGUACAGCAAUAUAAUAUGUAGUAGUCAGUUGUGUUUGUGAACAGAGGCAGGGGUUAACUUGCCCUAGUUUGUCUUAGAGCAGCUGGUAGACUAGGAGUGUUAAUAUUCGCUUUGUCAAUGUUUUGUCUAUUUUAACAAAUACCAUUCUCCAAACUCAGUGCUUGAUUGUCUAAAACUUUGACAAAGACACUGUGUAUAGCAGAGAAGUGUCUCGUAACCUAAGUCAAAACCAGAUCUUACAUGUAAGUUUGUUUUGUUGCAAAUAAUGUAUUAAACUAAAGGUAAAUUAUCUGCUGUGAUACUAUUGAACUUUCUUUUGUUCUUCUUUAUCAGGAUAACUAACUUUGAACCAGUCACCCAACUCAAAAGCCUUAAAUCUAAUUAUUUUGGUAGGUAAAACAUAGUGAUGAUGAAAAUGUAGUCGUUAUAACUCUAAGUAAUGAAAAAUAAAUAAUGAAAAAUUGUCAUUUUUUAUUUUUCAUUCUUUUUCUUUAUUUUUCAUUUUUCAUUUUCUUAAUUUUUCUUAAUUUUUCAUUUCAUUUAUUUCUUAUUAUAAGAAAUAAAUGAAAUGAAAACCAUAGAUGCAAUGUACUCUCACUGUUAGAUAACAUUAAUUUUUGAAUCAACAACUCUAUUACUUGUUUGUUUUAUUAUUAAUAUCCACUUAUGUAAAUUUGUCCAGUGGUAGAAAUUGAUAAUUUCCUAUUUAUAUAUUAGCAUAUAUUAGUUCCUUUGCUGAUAGAAUUGAUGGACUCAGUUGGUUUCAAACAGACUAGGGAGGCUAGGAUGAACCCCUUUAUAAUGGAGCAUCAACUCUAGACUCACAAGUUACAAAGAGCUCAUAAAGCUUUAGGAUAUCCCCAUUUUAGGUGAUUGCCAGGCCAAUAUUGAACAAGAUACAGCCAAUAAAAAUCUCCAAAAUUUGAUAAAAAUUAUAGAUGUCUAGGCAAUUUUCUUGGUAAGUUUUCAAGGUUUUGAAUGGCUGUAUCUUGUUCAGUAGUAGCCUGAUUAACACCAAACUUGGAAAUUUGUAAAGCUUGAUGUUCUCAAGAUUUCUUUUUAUUUGAGUCUUGAGGAAUGUUCAGUUACUAGAUAAUCCCAUUAAUUAUCACACAUGAACUUUUGUUCCGAGUGCCCUCACUUUGAAAGUAGGCAAUAGGCCAUUUGCACGAUGGCAUCGUUUUACUACAUUUUGUACUAUGCCCAGAAUCCUUUUCAUUUUUCUUUUCAUAUCUGAAUUUGGUAAUCUCAGUGAGGUUUAAAUAACAAAAGCUGCCCUAAUUUGUACAAGAAAGCAAAACUCUAAAGGAUUCAGGUUAAAGUAGUAAAAUGACACCAUCAUGCAAAUGUCCUAUUCUCACACAAUUUACUAAGUACAGUUGACUCUCUCUUAUAAUGUUUGUGACCAUUCUAGGUAAAUUUGUGGCAAUUCGUGGGACAGUGGUUAGAGUGAGUAACGUUAAACCACUAGUCACUAAUAUGGCAUUCAGCUGUAACCUCUGUGGAGAGAUGCAGGUACAGUGUAUGUGAUACAUUUUGAGUGAAAUUUCAUGUACUGGACUUUUUACCAUAUAGGCUUGAAAGAAGUAGAUUUUCUUGGUGGGCAAUUCAAGUAACUUUUAAUACUCAGUAAAGUUCCAGAAAAGUAAUCUUCUAACAAAGUCACUUUAAGACCAGCAUAACUUUUCCCCAGUCAAGUAAAAUGUGACAGCUGCUUGUCCUAUGGGCAAGCUGGAAUUCACAUGCAUUGUUAUAAAGAUCUAUAGUAUACAUCUACUAUACCAAAAGUGCUUCUUCUCAACCUUAUCCAACCUGUUGUGUUAUAAUAGUUAUAGUACACCCUGCGUACAUGUAUCUUGUAUUUAUACAUGUGCGUUAAUACAAACCCUGCAAAUAAGUUGGAAAAACUGAGCCAUCGGCAAUAUCACGGCCGAAAGGUGACCUUUUCCCAGAUUAAUUUUAUAGUUUGUAUCGGAGAGUUCAUUUUCUGUCUUUGCUUAGGCAAUUUCUCUUACAGAUGGAAAAUAUGCAGUGCCAACUAAGGUAAUUUUUUUCCUUUGUGUACAUCUAAAUGGAAGCAUUCAUCGGCAAACCCAAGAGGGUGGUUUUGGAUUUGGUGCUGGGAAUCUGAAACCUUAAUAUAAUUUAGUAAGUCUUCCAAGGUUUUCUUGCAUUCAGGAGACUUGCAUUCUUUGCUUAAACUCACAGUCUAUAUAGUUUAGUUUUAUUAUUUCAUUUGCACAUCUUGCCGGCUUGUUCCCAGGGUUAGGUUAAUUCUUCUGCACCAAUUUUUAUUACAAUAAAAAAGUCAAUACAGAUGACAUAUGUAAAUCUCAUAAGUAAUGCAGGUUAUAUUUGCUGUUAAUAAUGUAGCAUGAUUGUACAGUUUAGCUGAAGAGAAAGAUCAGAGUUUUUUAAUAGUAUUAGAAAAUAAAAAUCAUUAUCGAUGUCAUUUGCAAAUGAUUGUUAAUAUUUUUUCUUAUUAAAAUCUAUAUUUCAACUUAGACAUAACUAUCCUCUUUUAUUGGUGUAACAGUGUUCAUCUGUGGAUUGCCGCGGGAGAUCCUUUACUCCUGAAAGAAGUUCUCCAUUGACAAAAACUAUUGACUGGCAAACUGUCAGGUAAAACAUUUGAAAAAAAAAAUGUUUAAAAACUACAUGAACUGGUAAAAAUGAUAGUCUGCAUAUUAGGCAUGUGCCCAAGUUUUAAUCUUGUGUGACUAGAAAUCUUAGUUUUUUCAUACAAAUCAUAUGCUGGGCACCCUAGAUUUUACAGGUUCAGAGCACUCGGCUUCCUUCAAUUUUACUAAGAGUACAGCCUUGAUUAGGUCAGUGAAAUCGUCUUUUUGGGUGAGGUAUCUAUUGUCACUGGUCUCUAUAUGAUGAUGAGUUAUUAGGAUUAGGUUUCACUGUUUUGGUCCUUUAAUCGAUAUUAGUUCAUGAAACAUAAUGAGAGCCCCCAUUUAAAAUGGUGCACUCAUCUCAAUCUUUUGGUGAAUUUCAUUAACUGUGACUUCAGACUGUGAUCGUGACCUCCCUCCUUCCCGCCCUGGUACAGAACUUGUCCUUCCUUUUUCAGAAAUCUGGGUCCAGGACUUCCCACUGUUUGUGAAUUCAUAGUUAAAAACUUACGUGUCACUAAAAUUGUCGGUUUGUCUGGGAAAGUCUGCUUGGAAUUUGUUUGGUUUGAAUCUGACCUAGGGUUACAAUGGGAAGCAUCCAAAAAAUCCAAAAAAUCCAAAAAAUGUUUUCACCUUGAAAUCUUAUGUGUCUCACCACUGAACCUAAAAAAUGGGGGUACAAAAAUUUGUGCAACUUUUCUGUAGCUGCCAAAUCUAGAGUACCUGUAAGUUGUAGUGUGACAUUAAAGAAGUGAGGAUGAUAAAAAGUUACAAAAUAAAUGAUCUUGUUAUUCUUUCAUUAAUGACACUUACAAUCUGUUUCUUCCUUUCAUAGAGUUCAGGAGAUCAUGGAUGAUGAUCAGAGAGAAUCUGGAAGAAUUCCAAGAACUGUAGAGUGCGAGCUGACAGCUGAUUUAGGUAGAGUUAUGGCUAAAACUUUUAUUUGACGUAAAAAGCCUGUAUCAGCUGGUUACGAAGUAGCCUGCGAUCAUGCUCUAUUUCUAUUAUCCCCAUAGUUAUGCUCCUUACAUUAUUUUUUCCCACGCUUUCCCAAAUCUCCUGGGAUCCCUUUUUGGUUAUUAAAAAACUAGUAAUAACCAAAGGUUAUGGAGUCAGGGCGUCAGCAGCGGAAGGUCAAAACGCUUUUUCUCCAAUGCUGUGCGCAAGUUUCAUGUGAUGGAUGGUGAAAACACGCGUGAUCAGAUUACGAAUUGUAGAAAGUCCACACGCGAGUGAUCAAAUUGCGUUGUGUGCAUUCCAUUCAUUCUUAGAGGACGUCCAAACGAAUGCUGGCUAUAUACGUGCGAUGCUUGCGUAAUAACAACCUGGCGAUUAGGAUUGCGGGCUGCUCUUGUCGCCGGCAAUAAGAACUCCUGUUGAUAGUGGAGUGUUUGUGACUGGUAAUUGUCACACCAUCUUUUUAUAUUUGAAGUGACAAAUAUAAUAAUAUUCUAAGAUUACAUGCACAGCAAUGUAAAUUGUGUCCUAUUGACAUGCUUGUGAAGGGUAAGCUAACUGGUUUGCCUUUUGCCAUUCAGGGCCGGGUUGUUCAAAGAUGGGUUAAGAUAACCCAGGUUUAGUCUGAAAUUUGAAUAAUUUACAUAUGAAAGCUUAAAAGCAAAUUCAGUUACCUUCUCUCUUGUCGAAAUAGAAUAGAGAAAAUCAUUGGAGAAUAUGCCUUUGAACAAAAGAAAAAAAAGACCCGGAUUAAAAUUUAACCCCCUUUUAGCGCUAGUCGGAAUUAGAACAACUGGGCCCUCAGGAUUCUAAACCGUGUUUUGUGCUUUUAAGAAUUAAAAUUUGCUGUCAGGUUUUAUGCUGAUAUGCUGCUGAGGGUAACCAGCGCUUUUUUUCGUUGUUGAUCAUUUUGUUUUAUUUCUUUUAGUGGAUAGCUGUGUGCCUGGUGAUAUGGUCACCAUUACAGGUGUUGCCAAGGUUACAACCUCAGAGGAAAGUAAGAAAAUUAAUGUGUAGUUCCAGAAAAUAUCCACCCCCUUCCCCCCUCAACGCAGGGCACUUUUAUCUUAGACCCCUACUUCUUUAGAAUUUCCAUUCCAGGGGCUGCUUGUCAUACCCCCUCACCCCCUGGAAUUUCCGUGAUUUUCCAUCUUGGCUGGGAGCCCCCUGGGAAAAAUAUUUCUGCCAAAAAGCUGUUGCACUAUACUACUAUGCGGAAUGUAAUUGUUGCUGAGAUAAGGUGAGAAAAAAUUGUCAAUUUUGCCCCGUAGAGUUCUUUCUUCUGUGUUGUGUGGGAUUAAAAAAUAGUCAAUUAUUUAAACCGGUGAAAUCAAGGGUGCCCUGCAUAUGAUUGCAAAAAGUAAGACUUUCUUGUCGCUUUAGGACAAAAGUAAGGUACCAAGGCCCACCAUGUGCCGCCAGAGCAAAACCCUAACCUGGAGGGGACUACUGAGGUCCUCUGUCCCAUCCUUUCUUUACCACAAUUGGGAUAUGUGUGUACAUUCUAACCUCUCUUUACGGACAACUCUAUAAUACGGACACCUCUCUAUUACGGACAGUUCAUUUGGUCCCAGAAAUGCCAAAAAUCAUUUAUUUCCUACCUCUAUAAUACGGGCACCUCUGUAAAGCGGACACUUUGUUCUGUCCCUUUGGUGUCCGUAUUAAAGAGGUUUGACUGUAUAUGUGUGGCCCCGGUUUUUCAAACGUUGAAUAGCACUAUCUAGCGGUUAAGUAUUAGGGAUAGAGGUUAAUUUUAUCUGGUAUACAGUGUAGAUCCACCUUUUCAACUCCUGGAGCGUGAGGGUUACAGAUUUCACCGAUAAUUCUUGACAAAACUCUCCACCUGUUUAGAUCGUAACAGAAACAACAAAGACAAGUGUAUGUUUCUCUUAUACAUCCAUGCUAACGCCGUGAAUAACAACAAAGGGAAUACCAGUAGUGGAGAGCAGACUAGUGGACUGUCCAUGGAAUUCUCUAUUAAGGUACAUGUUCUAUGUGGUUCGCAACGAACAUUUUCUGCUGCCUCGUACCCAGACGUCUCUCUCUCGAUGAAAAUGUGCGCGCAAAGGAAGGCGGGAAGGAGACGUCUGUACCCUUCCCAUGGUUCCUUGCGGUUCAUCACCAGUCACUCGCCUCUACCAUUAACCGCCUCUACCUUGCGAAAAACGAAGCGCCUGAGGAGGGGGCUGCAUAUUCUGCGUCCUUCAGAUCCUACAUUUGGGAGCUUUUAAACAACCCUCGCUUAUUGGAAGUGGGCGUUUUGUGUUAUCUGACAGUGGUUUUGCCCUAACCUUCGGGCAAAUCGUGUCUAUAAGUGUAAAGCAACUUGACAAUACAAAUUUAGUAGCGUCAAGGCAUAUCAAAAGGGAAAGAGCCUCACUUCCGGUGUUGAUGUGUGUCGCUCAAAAACGUGUUUCCUUAGGCUCCGUAAUAAGGAAAAGCCAAAACUUUCGUUUCUUUGCAGUUGUUAGUACAAUAAUGGUACGAACCAACGUACAGUCAUUAGUGGACCAAAUUAUGGCCUUUUUUCAUGAUAAAAGAGCUUUCUGUACCAACACUAUAAACCGCUUACUGGGCACAAACUUGGUCAUUAUACAGGUCAUAAUGUACCUACAUUUCCAGUGUUGGUAAACAAGAUUCAAAGGUCGGGUCGAAGUGCAAGGAUUAAUUAGUCAGUUAGUGCGCGGCCUUGUGUGCGGGCGGUUCCGAGGUCGAUUCCCAAGUGCCACCACAAAUCCAUCUUUCGACUUCUUUCCUUUCCGUGUAGCUUUAAGUAGCUUUAAGUACCCGCACAACGUAGCACUGAAUCUGACGGAGACGGGGAUGGGGGGGGGGGGGGGNGAGCGCUCCGUCGGCCUCAGGUUUGUCAAUUUAAGUACUGUUAAGAGAAACCAACCUAAAAUAGGGAUCUUGACGCCGUUUUUAUCUUACCUGUGAGUAGAGUUACAUGUAAAGUGGCAAUAAUCAUCCUGUGUAAUUUCCGUGGGUAGGAACUGUAUGCCAUUCAAGAAAUUCAGGCUCAGGACAACUUGUUUCGUCUUAUUGUUGGGUGAGUGAUAUUAAUAUCAAAAUUAUAGUGGUUUUGUCACCUUUCGUGCAAGAUUCAUUUUAUAAUCUCUCAAACCCUUCCUAUCCAAUUGCUUUGCAGAUCACUUUGUCCUUCCAUUUAUGGACACGAGGUAACCCUACCUUUUUGAAUUUUAUUUCUGCAACCCGAAAAUGUUUUAAAAUGUUUUAUAUAAUAAUACAAUGACUAUUGAUUUUGCUCUGUGUUAGCUGGUGAAAGCUGGAUUGGUGUUAGGUCUCUUUGGAGGAACUCAGCGAUACUUGAAUGACAAGGUAACUAUAAGCCAUAUUGCAAUAUGUUGCAGACAUCAUCAACAACAGUCUUACUUUAUAUGCCCAAAGACAAUUUUUUUUACAACGAGCAACGCCAGGGAGGGUGACAAUUACCAGGUAGCCAGAAUUGUAAACUACGCUAUUCUUAUAAACAGAUGCAGGGCAGUAAAACAUCAUCUGCGAAACGAUUGCCCGACAUACACAUGUUGCUAAUUACAGACCCUUUAAUUUUUAUUGGGUCAAUCAAUAGUUGUGGGAUAAAGGACUACAAUAGAGUUUUGUACAAUCACGAGUUCUUUGUGGUUUGGGUCUUUACUGGCCAGUGAACAGUGUUAAGAAAAUAGUUUGAAACUGUUUGCGCGCGCCACAAUGGCCAAAAAUUAGCGCAAUUGGAAUGGUGCAAUAAGUGUGCUACGAUUUGAAAUGAAGAUAUACAAGAUAUGCUGACACUGCUGGAUAUACUUGCUGAAAAUCAUCCUGGCAAACAGAAAUCCAGAUUGCGCCAGAAUAGUGACAGGACACCCAAGGAACCACAGGGGGCCCUGGGGGCUCACAGCAAAAGGAAGUAGAACCUGCUGUUGGCGAUGUAGUCCUCACUUUAUUCGUUUAAGGCAGAAAUCCUAACUAUAGGCCUUUGAAUGGGAAAAAUAUUGUUUUUGCAAGGUCGUUGGUUUUGAGAGUUUGUCACGCGGAGAUUUGACUGGUUUUACAUACACCUCCUAAGUCUUGUCUACCGCUUCUUCCGUUCCACAGAAUCGUAUUCCAGUCAGAGGGAAUCCACACAUUCUGGUUGUUGGUGACCCAGGUCUUGGAAAAAGCCAGGUAAACUCAUUUGUAAAACAUUCUUUUUGUGCAUUGUUAUUGGUAACUGUUCUGUAAUGGACGUACUUUUGAACGCCUGUUAUUUUUUUUUGUAGAUGCUACAAGCGGUAUCUAAUGUUGCUCCUAGAGGUGUCUACGUUUGUGGAAAUGCGACUUCAACUUCUGGACUCACGGUAAUAAUAAGCAAUUGUCAUAUUUUCCAAUGUAAACAAACCUCGUCGCAUUGAAAUAACGGUCGAAUCUCUUAUAGCGACCACUUCUCGUAAGCGAAGUAGCUGUAAUUAUAUGUUUUGUUUCUCAGUCAAAUACUGAGUGUUUCAAAAAAUCUCUAGUAGUCGAUAACUACUUCCUUGGCUAGAUAUUUGACACGUUUUGUUUUCCGUUUCCGCGUCAGUGACCACCAGGCACGAUCUAAAGAAAACCAUUACUCCAAUGUCGCCAAAGUUCAAUUUUUAAUACGUCUGAUCCGGCUUGCUUACAGAUAAUAACAACUGAAUUUACAAAAAAAAGAGGUUGUAAUAUGAUCUAUAGGUAAUUACAUGCGGAUUGUUACAGUGAUCUGUACCAAAAUGUAACGUACAAGAUUUCAGCAGUACGAGGUGUGGUCAGAAAUGCAAAAGCAUUCCUACUUUCAAACAAAACCAGAAAGGUUCAUUUAUAUACAUAUGAAAGAGUAAAUAAAUAGGCCGCCAUUAUGACAUUGGUCUAUAUGUCGCAGGUGACUCUUUCUAAAGAGGGUUCAUCCGGGGAUUACUCUUUAGAGGCAGGAGCACUUGUUUUGGGAGACCAAGGUAGGUUUAUAACUGCUCAUUUAUUUCGCUCGCCCUUAAAGUUUUCAUUUCCCUCCACACCACCACCUCAUUUCUAUUGUUUUCCCUGCGCCACCACCACCGUUAAUUAACCGAGACAUUUAUCGACAUAAAAAUAACUAAAUAAUCUGUCAAACCGGUCAAACAACUUAAAUAUAGUAAAUAUCCUUAUCUUAAUGGGAGUCCCCCGCAUUUUAUUCAUGAGAUAAAUACAAAAAGCUAUGACGUCAUCGGCGUUAAUAGGGACUUUAAGGGCCUGUUUACAUGGGGGACCCCAGGUAGGUGAGGUAACCUGCUUAGGUGGGGUAACCCGCCUGUCCAUACAAUCUCUCAUUUUAAUUUGGUCACGUUUAUAUGAUAGGUGUGGUGACCAUAUGAGAGAUUAUAUGGACAGGCGGGUUACCCCACCUAAGUGGGUUUCCUCACCUACCUGGGGUCCCCCACCUCCACGUAAACUGGUCCUAAGAUCCGACGACGAGACGGCAACGAGAACGUCAAAAAAAAUCAAUAGGUUUAAAAAGCGAAACAAAACCUUUGCUCGUGCAUCACGCUUUUUUGUAAAUUUCGUUGCCGUUUUUGCACGACUACGCCGUGAAAAUGCCUAAUUAAACGUUUAAUUGGGGACGAAAACAAGCGACGGCGAAAUUUUAUUUCUCUUUGUGCACUUGGGCAUGGUUCUUAGGAAUUUUAACUGAAGGAGGGUUCGCCUACAUUUGACAAAGUAAGUGGGUAGAAAUAGUCACGAUGAAGGCUAGAAGGACGCAAAUUCACCUUUUAAGCGAAGAGUUCUCUGCCGUCGCGUCUUCGGAUCUUUAAGUCCCUACUUUAUUCCUGCGCAGGUUAAUGAGAUUCCUGCACAAAGAAGGGUUGGUUCGGUCCUUGUUAUACUACUUAACGUUGACUGCAAUCUGAAGCCAAAGGCAAACCAACGGAUCUUCGUCAACGUCUUCUUGCAUCUGUGUAUAGCUGGAACCCACCAGCGUAGCCAGCAGAGGGUCCAUGUUACUUUUGUGCAUGCAAGAGUAGAAUAAAGGUGAUGUUAUACGGGACGAUUCGCAACGACGAUUUUAAGCUCAACGCAACGUUGCAACAUUGUUGCAGCAUUGUUUCGAAUAGCUGCAACAUUGUUCCAACAUUGGAACACUGUGUUCCGCUAAAAAUCGUCGUUGCAAAUCGUCCCGUGUAACAUCGCUUUAAGGGCUGUACUAACAGUUUUGAAUGUGAUGUUUGCUCGUCAAUGCACUGUUUCUGGCUUGAAUUUCUCGCACAUUAAAGGAUCUAUUCACAUGUGAAUAUUUUAAAUGAUAUUCUGUGCGUUAGCUUUCAUUACAAACUACGCACCUAUUUAACCUGAAUUGAUCAAUAUCCGACUUUAUUUUGCUUUUCAGGGUGCUGUUGUAUUGACGAGUUUGACAAAAUGGGAAGUCAGCAUCAAGCUUUGUUGGAAGCAAUGGUAAGGUUGUUUGAACUAAACUUCAAGUUUUGUCUUUCUCUUUUUUACAAAGCUUCGACACUUGGACAGAAUUUUGAUAAGAUUUCCGUGUAUUUUCGUCGUAUCGGUGACCUUAUCAUCCCAUUGCCAUAGUUAUCAAUUGUCGCCUCUUUUCAUAACAUUUUUCCACCAUUUAUUUCUCUUCCUCAACACAAAGCACACGAUAAAGAUUCCAGAGGAUGGUCUGCAGUUGUAUAUACAGCACGACAGCAGUCUCUCCGUACUGAGCUAAAUUCUUAGAGCGCUCAAAGGGUCGGGUUCAUUUUCCAACACUGAUACAUCCAGGGUUCGUACGGCUCAUGUAAAACCUGGAAAGUCAUUAAUUUAAGAGUUCCAUUUUCCAGGCCUGAAAGAAAUGGAAUUUAAUUGUCGGACCUUGAACGUCGUGGAAAAUUAAAGUUGUGUGGUAGAUUAGUUUCUGCGGAUUACAAAGCAAUGGCAAUGUACGAUAGAGAGGGUGGACAUCAUAGUUUGUGUCUGUUAAACUGUUUAGGUCAAAAAAUACCCUAAAACAAGGGAACGUUCUGAAAAUGUUCGCAAGUGACAACUUUACCUAGAGUCAUGGAAAACUUGAAAAGGUCAUGAGAAAAAGUCAUGACAUUUGAAGAGCUCAAAGAAUACGAACCCUGUAAAACAAGAGACUAUAAAGGGGACAGAGAGGGCAUCCCCCAUAUACACCCUAUUCCAUAGGUAAUUCGUCUCGAGUUAUUUUUAGAAUCGGGAUAAAGUUACCUCGCGCGAGGCGUGGAUGUUUCGUGGAUGUUUCGCAUGACUAAACGCCGUGCAAAACAUGUCGGGCGAAAGGCAAUGAAAGCGUAAAAAGAUCGAGAGCAUUCCUGAAUAUUGAAGCGAAAUGAGUCGGCGCUCACCUGGGAAAAAGGAAUCGCUGGACUCUUUGACAACCCGUGAAAUCAGUUUAACUCGAAAUUGUCGUAACCUCAGUGCUUUAAUAAAAUGAGAAAUUUCGCCGGUCUAUUGAAACCGGUCGUUUGUACAAUUAGGGAGUUUAAGAUCCAACGACGCGGACGACAACUAGAACGUCAAAAAAACAAUAGGUUUAAUUAGCAAAACAACAACUUCGCACGUGCAACACACUUUUUUGUUCAUUUUUUUCCUGUUUUUGCACGACUACGACGUGAAAAUGCCUAAUUUCGCGUUUUAUGGAGGACGUAAACAAGCAACCACGAAAUUUUAUUUCUCUUUCUGAGCUUGAAUAUGGUCCCUUGAAAUUCAGCUUCAGGAGGGUUCGCCUACAAUUGACAAAGUAAGUGGGUAGGAAUAAUCGCUAUAAAGACUGAAAGAACUCAAAUUCACUUUUUAAGCGACGUUCUUGUCGCCGUCGCGCCGUUGGAUCUUAAAGUCCCUAAUAAGGCAAGUAGGACGCCAAGUGUUAUUUUUGUUGAAUAAUAAAAGACUAAUAAAGGAAUAAAUAUCAAACCAGAAAUUGCUCUCUUCAAACUGUAAACUAUAAAUGAUCCUGAGAGAAUAUUCAGUGUGUUAAGGAUUUCCCUGCUGUACUGUUAGCUCUAUAUAAGAGAGGAAGGGCGAUUCUUUUUUAAUUUCCGUUUCGCUGACACAGCUUUCGCAGAAAUCUCGCUGUAGUCGUUUUCGUCGACAAAAGGAAUAGCAAAAUCGCUCUCCGCGUCUUCCCCCAUUUUGUUCCGCGUCAAUUCGUGGAGGACGCGUGGCUCUAGCGUGGGUCGUCCACGCGGAGUACAUUCGCGCUAUGUGAUUGGCUGUUGUCCAAUCCCCCUUGGGAUCUGCGGUUCUAAAAAUAACUCGAGACGAAUUUCCUAUGGAAUAGGGUGUAUAUGGGGGAUGCCCUCUCUGUCCCCUUUAUAGUCUCUUGCUGUAAAACCAUUACACGACCCUUGCUACAUGCAAUGUUGUGUUUUUCAUGCACUUGCGAUUUUCCUCUUUGGUGCUCAGGCUUCAGGAUCUCUUGUUUACUUUCUUGACGCUGCGGAAAGAAGUUUAUAUUCAAGUCUAUGAAUUUAUUAAUAUGGGCUUCUUGUUUGAUUUAGGAACAGCAAAGUAUAAGUAUUGCAAAAGCUGGCAUUGUCUGUAGGUGAGUGAAAAAUCUUCCGUGAGUUAGCAAGUAAUUUUGAUGUCUAUUAAUGCUUUGUGCCUCCCGAAUACUAGAGAAGCGUUGUUUAUUUCACGUCCGCCAGUUACAAUGGGGAGGUCAAAAUGGAAAUACGUUUGCACUUAUGUAGUAUUACGGUGGAAAAUGUAAUAAUAUUUCCGUUUGUGGAUCAAGAAAGGAGGGCGUUUGUCGACAGUUUUCUCUUCUUUAUUUACUUCUCGUAAUAGAAAUUAGAAUCUAGACAACGGAAUUCCGUCUAGUGGCUACCUGCUUUGUGUUUGAGGCGUGUGUACUCCAAUUGUCUCCUCUAGUAUCCUGUUUUUCAUGAACGUAACUGGAAAACAGUCUCCACUCGUCCUUUAUUUUGUGACGCAAACGCUAUUUUUCACACAACCUUUUAUGGCAAGUAAUGCCAUAUUGAAAGAUUCAUCGUGACAGGCCCAAUUAAGAUAAAGUUAUCAUUCGUCUCACAAUAUAGUACUAGGGUGUAGCGAUGCAGUGAGCCUGGAAAUGCACCAAUGUGUAUGUUGAUCACUGUGAUGCAAAAGAUAAAACUGCGUAAUCGCUCGACCUUAUCGCCUGAUGAAGACCAGCACACAGCAGUAAGCAUUCGAAACGACGUGAACCACAUCACAAGUGAUCACAAAUGACUUUAUCGUAUGACGAGCUAAAAGUUUGUUGUUAUUGUGUCAUCUUGCUAACACGAGCUUGGAAAGUUGACGUUCUGAAUAUAUCAUUUCAGCUUACCAGCAAGGACGUCUAUCCUUGCAGCCGCUAACCCAGUGGGUGGCCACUACAACAAAGCAAAGACUGUGUCGGAGAACCUCAAGUGAGUCUACUCUGACAAGUGAAGUUAAAUUGUUUGUGGAGUGCGUUAUAACCGUUUUUACGUAAUCAAAUUAUACAUAUACAUUGUUAAAACCUAGACAAUCACGUUUCUUUUGAAGUUAUUUUAUUGGUUCAUUUUUUUGGAAUGUCUGACCGUGCAAAACCCUCCCUCCUCAUAUCCAAGGAAGACCCAUUUAUCCGAUUCUCCUUAUUUCAAAGAUUCUUUUUGCAAGAAUUUAAAAAUUUAUUCUUGUAUUUUUUGGCACAGUUUCGAGUGAUCACCCGAGCAUACUGCCCCGCCCACUUUUACAGCCCUGUCCCAGUAAAGUAGCCUGCAAAUACGGCUCCUCGCUCCCUGCCUUUAGGGACGUUUCGCGGGGAAAAAACGUUAAACGCAAAACGUCCUUGGCGACAAGGAUUGAAGAAAUACGGUUAGUAGGGUACUAGUAAAGCAGCUUGUAGCUUAUUCUCUAGUCUACGAGCAGUCUUUCUUUUUUGCUGGUCCGUCGAACAAAACGCGCGAAACACGCAAAUGAUCGCGUCUCGCGGCUUCACCACUUGACGCUCGCGCGCGCGUGCAUUUACCUCACUAAAUCUGAAGAAAAGGAGGGACUGCUUGCAGUCAACUUAUUCAGUUUUGUAUCUUUUACUUCCUUUUGUCCAGGAUGGGGAGUGCUCUUUUGUCUCGUUUUGAUCUUGUAAGUAGUUUAAAACAUCAAUAUUAUAUCUUGUCUUUUUUGAGAAGUUGAGUAGUACCUUCUUGUAAUGCUCUUAAUACUACUGUGCGCUAUGCAAGUUCGUUCUUACUCUUGAGUUUGUGGAUCAAAUCGUUAAGUGUGAUUACUUAUAAAAACUGCGAAAUGUUUCUCAGUGCUGCUUUUUAUUAUGCUGCGCAAAGUAGGAAUGAUACUCUUAUUUACAAUCAACUCUCGCCUUGCGGACGUGACACCUCUGAUACGGACACCCUAAUACUAAGAACAGUGACUAGAAAUACAGACGUGUGACUGAAAUAAACUCCCGCCAUUACGGACAUCAACUCGCGCACUGUGCGGUACUGUACUUCAUAUUAGACACAAUUAUUUCUAAUUUCCAUUUCCUUCAUGUAGUCACUCACAGAAUUGCUUUCAUUUAACUGAAGGGGACACUUUGCGAUCUCCAUCAUAUCUAGCAUAAAUCUCAUUAACAUGGUAUCCUGGACAUAUUUUAAUGUUAAAAUGCGUGGUUCACGAGUUGGUUUGCAAUAAUGGGGGUUGACUGUUUUGGUUAUAUAACAGGGACUGACAGUUUUAAUAAACGCGUUUCAUUAUAGGUGUUUAUUUUGCUGGAUAAGCCGGAUGAGGUAAGAUUUAUUUUGAGAGAGAUAGUUUGGUUUGUUGUUUUCUGACGAAUUGAAAAAGAAGUUUAGAUUAACGAAAUACGUAUAAAACUUACAUUUUCUCUUUUUGUUUUAAAACAGGAAAUGGAUUCCAUGUUGUCGGAACAUGUCAUGGCUUUACAUGCUGGAAAAAAGAGGUGAGUCAUCAGUUAAUCUCCGACGGCAGAGCAAAGUAUGUCGCUGGGUGAUAAAUCGUCUUUUAAUCUGUAUAAAAUUGUUUGCUUUUUUGCAGUGCGUUUGGAGUAGCCACUGCCAAGCGUCGCUCUAGAGAGGUACAGUUGUUUAUCGCUCAGUUAACGCCUUAUAGGUUUUGAAUAUUUUUAAAUGGUGUUGGUGAUAGGUUUGAACUCUUUGUAAUAGAGUCAAUAGAUAACUGGUCAGUGGACAGAUAACAACUGAUAUUACGUGAGAAAUAUCUCCCGAGUACAGCCUGGUAUUUUGUGUAUUCUUGAGGCAUUAGUUUGGCCAUUUUGUAUUCGUAUAAUGAGUGAAACAGUUUUGCCAACGCCCUUCUUUUUUGAAAGACGCCUUUGGGGUGUUCCUUUUACAGUCGAUGAAUUCACGAUUUAAGUCAGUCGCUAAAAUGGCAAACGUUUUUCAUAUUUAGUCAACGUUUUUGGGCUCAUAACGAAUUAGCCGGGGAACGUAGACCAACCUAAGCCCUAACAAUGAGAAGCGCCGGAAAAUAUAUAGAAGAAACCAUGUGCCAAGCGUGAAAAAAUAUGUAACCUAUACCGGUGGCGAGUGCAAAGCCACUGAGAGGCGUGGGAAAAUAUAGAAUAGCCGAAACCUAAGGUAAGUGCCAAGCGUGGGAAAACAUAUUUAUCUCAAAUCGGUGGCAAGUCCAAAACGUGGAAAAAUAUAUUAUGUAUACCGGUGGUAAAUGUAAACCCAAAUAUAGCUGAAACCGGUUAUCUCACACCUAGAUCUCUUGUCCACGAAACUCGCCUUUGGCUUCGUGAUAUAAUCCAUACCAGUGGCGAGUGUAAAGCUACUGAGAAGCCCGGGGAAAUAUAUAUAGCUUCAACCGGUACCAACUACCUAGCGCGGGAAAAUAUAUAACCCAUACCGGUGGUGAGUGUAAAGCUACUGAGAAGCGCGGUAAAAUAUAUAAACCAUUAUGGUGGCGAGUGUAAAGCUACUGAGAAGCGAGGGGAAAUAUUUAUAGCUUCAACAGUUACCAACUGCCUAGCGCGGGAAAAUAUAUAACCCAUACCGUUGGCGAGUGUAUAGCUACCUAGAAGCGCAGGAAGCUAAAACCGGUGGUUAGUGCCAAGCGCGGAUUUAUCCUUCUUCGUCACCGCCCAUGGAGAGUAACUGAAGUCUGGUAACUAAUAAUUGGGCCGUUAAUCAAUUGUCACUAAGCUGAAGUAGUGUUAGGUUGUGUUCAGCCUACGUAGUGUAAAUAACCGCGUGUUUUUCCUCACCCAACACAGGACAGUUGCAGUGAUGAGGACGAGACCAAGAAGCAGUGGGAGGCUGGGAAGCCACUCUCUGAACGUCUAAAGGUGAAAUAAACUCUUUUCCUUUUUCAAUUAAGUUUUAUCUGGCUAUCAGGAAUUUUCUCAUAGGGCUUAUGUGAUCGGGUAUAACUGAGUUUUUGCUAUUUUAUUCUUCUAAGAAAAGUUUUGAUUUUCUUGUACUGGUCAAUGGAAAUUUUCAGUCGUUUUAGUUCGCUGACUUUUAACCAUUGUGUGUGCUCGUUUAAAUUUAAAAUUCCUUGUUCAUGGACAUUUCUCGAUUUUUCUCUCAUGCGUAGAUUGGCCGAAAUGAAGAGUUUGACGCAAUCCCAGCUCAACUUUUGCGAAAGGUAUGCGUCGAGAUACUUUUACUCAACGCUAGUUGAUCUUUUUUUUGGUUUCACGACUUCGCCUGGCCGGGUCACCCUUUUGUGAUGGUAAGAUCACCCUCCCAGACUGGCCAAAAUUUCUCCAUAUAAACACUUUGGCUCGCCCAGCCGGGUCAUCCCGAAAAAUAUCUGAAAAUACGCUAGCGCUGUUUUAGACAAUCAGAUUAUGCGCGACCGCUAUUGGCUCUGGGAAAGGGGUCAUUUUUCUUUCUCAGACAAUCCGCUAAAGUUGACUCUUUUACCUGGGACAGGUUUUCUCCUUAUAAACAGGGCCUAAAUCUAUCAACACCGCUGGACAGAGCGCUUGACCAUAGUUAAAACUUAAACAUCUACCACAGGCACCAAGAAUAUCGUAGAUCCAUUUUAAGCUUUCAUUUUACGUUAAAUGUAGCAAUAACCCACGUUCGAUAUAUUAAGUUAACAGCAAAAUUGGAAUUUUUUCUUGACUCCAUUGUCUUGCAAUCCCCAGAAAAGAUUUGAGCACAAAGAAAACCAAACCACGUAUAGAAAAAUGACCACAAAGCCUCGAAGUCAUGUCAGAAUUUUAAUGCAUGGCACGUGGGCUAUUUUCGUUGGGUAGGUGUUUCUCGAAACGUUGUUAAUUCUGUUGUUCCAUUGUGUCUACUUUACAGUAUGUUGGUUAUGCGAGGACUUACGUCCACCCUAAACUGACACCGGCAGCGGCAGAGGUCUUGCAGGUGAGACGCGUUAAACAGAUUGUAGUUUUUUUUAACAGAUAGGAAAGGAUUUAGAAAAGGAAAUCACCAAUCGUCAUGCGAGGAUGAAGUAAUCUGAGGUGUAACAGAAAAUACAAUUUGCGUUGAUCAGACUUGAAAUAAAUUAAUAUUCUGCUUUGCCGCCACGGAAAAGGGGACUGGGUUCGUGUGUUGCGCGCGAGGUAUCGCGAAUUGAUGUUUUGCAAUAGUUAACGUUUUGGUCUUCGUGACAUUCUACGGUCAGCCUUGCCGCGUCAACUUGUUUCGCGAAAUUAAGUUUUCAUUUUGUUCUAUUUUUGGCUUAGCGUCAUUUUCCAGCUGUGCUAUAGCGUAUACUUCUUAGCUGCUUUUAUUAUCGUUUUGCUUUUAUUUUUCGUUUGCUAUGCAUGUUAUUAUGGCUUUAUUUCACUGAUUGGCGUUAUAACCCCAAAGGUGACGGCGUAGCAACGGCUCGGGCUACACGGUCCCUUUUUCUGCAAUAGUUGUUUUUUUUUCAGGUUUAUUUGUCCGGCUGUGGCGUAUUUAUAUAGAUCUUUUUCACUCACGUGGCCAUCAGCAAUGCAAAUUUCUUGGAAAAAAAGACUGAAAUUGUUUAGGAAAGAGUUCAAUCCCCUUUGGAUUUUUUCUGCAAACCAACAUGGUUGCCGUGACGCCAUGUGAAAACGAUUUGACCAGCCUGAAUUACUGUAUCAUGGGCCUGGCUGACCCACACUCCCACGCCUCAUAACGUUGUUGUUUGUUCGGUCCUGUAGUGCAGGCAAAAUAUUUAUUCUUCACUGUCUUGUUUAUUGACUCAUGGAGUUUGUUUGUUACUUUUUUUGGCAGAAUUUUUACCUUGACCUUAGACGGCAGCACCACAGUGCUGACAGCACCCCCAUCACUACCAGGCAACUGGAAUCACUCAUAAGACUUACUCAGGUACACCUAACUAAAAUUUGUUUAAAAAAUGGCUUUGUAGGGGCAGCACAGUUAAACUCACUGGUUACUUAGUGGUUUGCAUUGUGGUUCACAAAUAAGGAUAAAAACAUUUAAUUAAAAUAAACGUGAUCUCAGCUGACUGAAGUUAAACCAGAUGGGAAGCAUGGCCGAUUAGCUGAAUUCGGUAUCUAUCGAGAACAAAUUCUGUAACGAUUCAAAAGCAAAUGACUGAAGGACAGCAAGGAUCAACUCUCAGGUGUUUGUGUAAAGGAGGUGUCUGUCUUACAAAGAUGAAUCAAACCUCUCUUGCAACAAAUCACCCAAUCUCGUUCCCAGAGGCCGCGAUCCUUUUGGUCAGCGACAGGGAUCGGGACCCGUUGCCAGUUCCGGUUGACAAAGCAACGCGGACUCUGGGAACGAGAUUGCAAAUCACCGGGUUGUUGUAGGUUGUAAAAAGUUGUUGCAGAAAGUAGAGAGUAGUUCUACUCUUUGCAACAAAAUCUGUUCAUGUUGCGCGUUUUACCGGCCUUAGCAAAUGCUUUACAACAAGUGACCUAUUUCCUGUGCAUCGCGUAACUCCCACGUAAUUUUAUCCAAUCAGAACUCAGUAUUCACGCAAGGUGCAACAACUUGAUUUGUUGCAAGACAGGUAGGCUUGGCUUAUUCUGCCUGCCGGAGUGCUCGGAAAAAUCGCUUAUUCUGCUCAAAAUUCUGCUCAGACAUCCUUAUUCUGCUUGAAUUCUGCUCGUUAUCCGAAAAAAAAUUUUGGUCCUUCGGGCCGUAUUUAUUUUUGUAAAAAUAGAAGAGAGCCUGGUCCUAACCCUAAAAAAAAAAAAAAGAAAGAAAAAAAAAGAUGUUCAUUAUGCGUAGCAAAGUUGUAAUUCAUCUGACUUUUAAUGUGAGUGCCUUAUAGCUAUUAAAUAAUCAAAUUAAUCACAAAGUAUUUUCCAUUUGUUUAUUAUUUAGUUUUAAAUUUUGCUUACAACCGUUGUGCAUAUCAAUUGUGCCGCUGAAUUUCCCUUAUUCUGCUCAAAUUCUGCUCGAAAAUGCCUUAUUCUGCCGGCAGAAUGCUCGCCUCAAAAAUCGCAUAUUCUGGCAGAAUUUAUCCAAGCUAAAGACAGGUUUGAAGGUGGUUGCCAAAACACUCAACAAAGUUUUUCAACUCGUUUUUCAGAAUUAGUUGCACGAUUUUGUUGCCCGUUUUUCCGCAACUUUAUACGAGACGUAGUCCUCAACAGGGCUUUUUUUCUAAAGUGAUUUGACUGAAAAAUUUUAUUGUAUCUUGUUUUUUAAGGCUCGCGCACGCCUGGAGAUGCGUGAAAAGGCUAGUCAACAGGACGCCCAGGAUGUGGUGGAGAUCAUGAAAUACAGUCUACUUGAUACGUUCAGUGAUGACUUUGGAAACCUGGAUUUUCAGCGCUCCCAACAUGGAUCGGGAAUGAGUUCAAGAGCUCAGGUAGGGCUGUGUAUGAUUCUUUUAUUAAGUGGUGCCGUGAAGGCUUGGAAGUGGGAGGGGGAUUUUUAGGUCCCGGUUCUCCAGAAAAAAAGAAAAUUGAAACUGAUUUUAUAGGGCUAACACAAUACUGCUAAACUAGUAGUUUUCAUUGCGGCCCACAAGGUUAAGAAUCCUAACUGGCCGAAAACAAACCAGUUGGCUAUUUACAAAGGGGACCGAGGAGUUCAACUUGGGACAGGAUUACAAUUCUAGUACUUUAACCUCUUAAAAAGGUCUAAAGGUCGUUCAAGCAUACUAUUAACGUACCCUAAGUAAAGAAUGAAAAUCAAACUUAGCGAGGAUAAAAACCCCAACUGGUAGAAGCCGAACCAGUUUGCUAUUUACAAGCGUGACGGAGGACUUGAACUCGUGACCACUGUGAGCAAAUCGAGCUCGAGGUCAGAGUGGGGCGACGGAUUGCAAUUCCAGCUGUCUGACUGCUCUGCACGCUGUCUACCUUAUUCACCACUGUCUCUCUUCACCUAGGGCCUGGUUGCUCAGACGUUCAAGGUUCUAUCUAGGGUAUUUGAGAGGUAGAAGCUCCCCCCCCCAAAAAAAAAACAAAAUAUUGUUAUCAUUACAGUUUAGUAUACAAAAAGUAAUUAUAUCGGAAAAAUCAUCCAGACGUUACGAGGUCAGCGCCCAUGGAAAGUAUUCCCCGUCUAACGACACAAUCGUGUCUCAAUAUGCACCAGAUUACAUCUCAUAUUCAUUCAAAACAUUUCCGGGGACAGGCCCCCGGAUCCCCCUAGGAAGCUCGUGGCCGCUCUGACUUCCAUCGCCAUCCACUGGAUAACCCUAAAUUAAAAAAAUUUAACCUGAAUUUAAUUUUGACCUGUAUAAACAAGUGCGAAAUAAUUUGAAUUCAGAUGCGUAAGCUUUAAAGGCAAUUCAGUUUUAAAAUUCGUUUUGCCUACAUUUUGAUGCUUUUGAUGAAAAGAAAAAGGAAACCCAUAUUAAAAUUCAACCCUAGGUUAGCGCUUAUCGGCCUUUGAACAGCUGGUCCCAGGUCUAGUUUUUCAAAACCUUGGGUAACGCUAUCCACCGGUAUAUCUCUAUCCAGUGGAUAAUGCAAUUGGUUAUUUUCCUAAUACGUAUACGAUGAAUAAAGAUUUAUUAUCAAUUUCUUUUGUUUCUUAGCCUUAGUUGAUGAAUAAUUAGGGCUAGGAGACAAAGCGAAUCACAAACACACCCUGGGUUAUCUUAACCCAGCUUUGAAGAUCCCGUCUCUGGUGUACAAUGAAUUGGUACUGGCCACAUACUGGUGUCGAUAUAAACCCUGCGAUGAGCUAAUAUCCCGUCCCGUCCCGAGUCUAAAAACCCCGGGACGGGACAACCUCCGGCCGUGUGGGCCGCCUUAGCUCGUAUGCGUCUUUACCUUACCUUAUAGGCUAUGAGUAUCAAAAUCAAAAAGAUAUUCUUAACCUCUAUCUUUGUUCCUUUUUAAUCUUCAUCUUUUCUGCAGUCCAAGCGCUUUAUUGCUGAGCUGAGUCGUGUAUCCGAAAGGGAAUACAAUUCUCUUUUCACGAUUGAGCAAAUGAGACGAAUUGCAAAGGUAAAUAGAAUCUUUUUACUGUCCUAACCAGAGGCCAUUCUGUAUCCUAUUUUCUCGUCCUUUUAAUACGUACAGCGUAGAAACCGAUGAUAAACAAUUAUUGGACUAUCAGAUAAUUGAUCACCAACAAAUCGCGCUAUUAUCACUCAAUCGGUACGCUUGUUUUUUUUUUUUUAAAUUUACUGGAGAAAUGCAAAGCAGCUAAUUGACAAUCAAAGACAAAUACCAAACUGAACAUUAGCAGAGCAUUGUCUGGGGGAAGAAGAGUUUCUUCUGCCCUAAAGCAGAUGAUUUUCGUUAGGUAAUUACCCAGAGUGACGUUAUAACCCUAGACCAAUCAAGACUUGAAAAAAAAAACCAGUUUGAAUGAUAAUAUAAUGCGAAUUCUAAAUAAUCUUCUCCGCAGCCGUUUUUCUCUUGUCACCCAACGCUCCUUGGGAAGAAGCGUUGCGUGACGAGACGAAAAAGACUGCGUGGGAGACAAAAUUUGAACUACCCCUACUAGUAUCGCGGUUAUGCGAAAACGCUCGUUUUCAUAACCGACCUCUUUCGACAUUCAAAAACGAAAAAAUCAUCUUGGUAGAACGUUUGGCAAGUCCGGAAUUAAUCGAACGUAACUUAAAUGGUCGAUUUAGCGAGCAGUUAAAAAAGGCACCCUUUUUGGAAACUCCGACCCCUUCAAAGGGUUAUGCAUGGUAUAUGCAAAUAAUUCCCGUCAAUUUUGUUUCUUUCCUAACGCAGGAGUUGCGACUACAGAUUCGUAGUUUCGAUGACUUUGUGUACUCGUUGAAUAACCAAGGAUUUUUGCUGAAGAAAGGUCCUAGAGUGUACCAAUUACAGACCUCAAGCUGCCUUUAAUUAAAGCAACCAUUUUUCUCGCAACUUUUGGACGGUA